CCAUUGCGAUCGAUCACGACGAGGGCGUUGGAAUGAGGGGCGGAGGAGGGGCCGGCGAUAAGCAGCCGGCCAACGGCAUGCAUAGCGGCGCCGGCGGUGCCUCAGCCGGCAAGCCCAGGUCUUAUUUCCUCUACGGCAUCCUCCUCUACGUCGUCCUGCCCGUGCUGUUCCUGUACAUGGUCGUCGCCGCGAUCUCGCCCAUCUACAACCCGCGGUGCUCGCCGGAGGGCGCCGGCGCCAUGGUGCAUUUCGUGGUGGCCAACCCGAAUGCAUCCUCGUCAAACACUUCGAUGAGGCCGCCGAUGGUGUCGGCGGACGAUGCGCCCACCGGGCUGCGGCACAUCGUGUUCGGCAUCGGCGCCUCGUCGGCGCUGUGGGAGAGCCGUAAGGAGUACAUCAAGCUGUGGUGGCGGCCGGGGCGGAUGCGAGGGUUCGUAUGGAUGGACAAGCCCGUGGAGGAGUUCUACUCCAAGAGCUCGCGCACGGGGCUCCCGGCGAUCAUGGUGAGCUCGGACACGUCCAAGUUCCCGUACACGCACGGGGCCGGCAGCCGGUCGGCGCUGCGGAUCUCCCGCAUUGUCUCGGAGAGCUACCGCCUCGGCCUCCCGGGGGUCCGGUGGUUCGUCAUGGGAGACGACGACACGGUGUUCCUCCCGGAGAACCUGGUGCACGUGCUGUCCCGGUACGACCACACGCAGCCGUACUACAUCGGGUCGCCGUCCGAGAGCCACAUCCAGAACCUCAUCUUCUCCUACGGCAUGGCGUUCGGCGGCGGCGGCUUCGCCAUCAGCCGCGCGCUGGCGGAGGAGCUGGCCAAGAUGCAGGACGGGUGCCUGCACCGGUACCCGGCGCUGUACGGCAGCGACGACCGCAUCCACGCGUGCAUGUCGGAGCUGGGCGUGCCCCUGACGCGCCACCCGGGGUUCCACCAGUGCGACCUGUGGGGCGACGUGCUGGGCCUCCUGGGCGCGCACCCCGUGGCGCCGCUGGUGACGCUGCACCACCUCGACUUCCUGGAGCCGGUGUUCCCGACGACGCCGUCGCGGGCCGGGGCGCUGCGGAAGCUGUACGACGGCCCCGUGCGGCUUGACUCGGCGGCGGUGGCCCAGCAGUCGGUAUGCUACGACGGGGAGCACCAGUGGACGGUGUCGGUGUCGUGGGGGUUCGCGGUGAUGGUGGUGCGCGGGGUGCUGUCGCCGCGGGAGAUGGAGACGCCGGUGCGGUCGUUCCUCAACUGGUACCGGCGCGCCGACUACACGGCCUACUCGUUCAACACGCGGCCCGUGGCGCGGCAGCCGUGCCAGAAGCCCAACGUGUACUACAUGCGCGACUCGCGGAUGGACCGGCGCCGGAACGUGACGGUGACGGAGUACGAGCGGCACCGCGUGAAGCCGCCGCCCUGCCGAUGGCGCAUCGCCGACCCGGCCGCGCUCCUCGACCACAUCGUCGUCCUCAAGAAGCCCGACCCCGAUCUCUGGAAAAGGUCUCCGAGGAGAAAUUGCUGCAAGGUGAUAUCGUCGCCGAAGAAGGGGGAAAACCGGUCGAUGACGAUCAACGUCGGGGUGUGCAGAGAAGGCGAGUUCGCCAAGAUUUAACUGACUGACCGGGAUUUGGUUGGUGCUCUGCCCAGCUUAGUUAGCUUCAUAUUCUGCAUGUACAUACGUACCUUGACCUUUGGCCAUGUUGCUUGUGCAUGCAGUGGGAUUUGUUAAAUAGGGGAGGAGGAGAGG